CCAAUUCCUAAAUUGCCCUCAGGUAUUUGUCUCGUGCGUUCAUUAAAACGACGAUCUCGUGUUGCUGGAGAUCUGAACCGAAACCGCUGCUUCCGAUCUGAGGCCAUGGCGGGAUCUGGGAGUUCCAUGCUGUAUUCCUUUCUUCUUUUCACAGUCAUUCUCUCACUUCAAGAAAUGUACCGUGGGAAACUAGCAUCAUCAGAACUGUUCACUAUACUGGGAGGAUUCAUCAGCUCCCUCCUAUUUCUUGUGCUCCUAACUUUCAUUGGAAAUUUGCAGGAAACAAUUGGUGCAAGAACUGGUUGGGGUGCUGUCAUAGUUGCAGAAGCAGUUGCUCUGAUUGCUGCAAGCACUGUUCACCGAGUUUGCAUCACUACGUGUUUCUUGUUCUCGGCUGGAUUGCUGUACGAGGUUAACAAGAUUUCUGGGUCUGCUGUCUCAACAAGCGACGUUAGGACUAAAAAGCAAAGUGGGAGAGCUUAAGCAUAUUCAUUUCUUUCACAGGUGGGCUUUUUUAAUUCAUCGAAUAAUGCAACCAUAAUGAGUUACGAGGGAUUUAAACUUCUGAUGGAUCCAAGUUCACAUAUAUCGAAUGGUUCUGGAUUUUGCUCCCUGACAUGUGUGCCAUGUACACUAUUAUCUGAUAUUGCCAAGAAUUGAAUGCCAAAAUCAGUCAGUGUUACUUCUUAACUGUAGCAGGAUCUUGGAAUUCUAUCUAAGAUGAACUUUGGUCUGAGUUCAUGCAUAUUUUUAGCCCUUAGCAACUCGAGCGAGAAAGAACUCUCCACCUCCUUUGAAGUGGCAUAGCCUGGGUUUACAC